UUGAAACACGAUAUACGUAGAAAUGUUAUCUGUAAACUUUAUUUAGUUUCAAAUUUCGCCAACAGUCGUAACUGCCGUAUGUUAGACACGAAAACCCGCUCUAAUAUUCGGUCGUUUGCUAUAGUUAAUACAACGUUAACGUCGGGACUCCGUGCCGGUGGUGUGCUGUUUCGGGAUAAAAUUUUUAUUUAUUUCCAUUUUUCCUUUUACAAGAAGGUUCUAAAUCGGGUUACGACCCACACACUCAAAAUGGCACAAUAUUAUACCGAAAUUGACGGAAGUAUGCUAGAAGGGGGCGGUCAAAUACUUCGUACGUCUAUUUCAUUGAGUGCUAUUAUGGGAAUACCAGUGAAGGUGGUGAAGAUCCGAGCAAACCGCAGUAAGCCGGGCUUGGCGGCGCAGCAUCUAGUUGGUCUCCGGUUAGUAGCAGAUAUGUGUGAAGGAGAGCUCAUCGGCGGUAACAUCGGUUCCACUGAGAUCAAGUUUAAACCCGGCAAAGUGAUCAAGGGUGGGCAUUACGUAGCUGACACACGCACUGCUGGUUCGGUGAGCCUUCUAAUGCAGAUAGCUCUGCCAUGCGCCUACAUGGCUGACGGGCCAGUGACCCUGGACCUGAAGGGCGGCACCAACGCAGACAUGGCUCCACAGGUGGAGUACAUGACUGAAGUGUUUAGAAACGCCAUGAAGAUGUUUGGAGCCCCAUUCGAGCUGAGGAUCAAUAGGCGUGGAUAUUUCCCGAAAGGUGGCGGCAUUGUGACGGUGGAAGUGAACCCGGUGCCCAAGUUCAAGCCCGUUCAGAUCACUGAGAGGGGGUACAUCAACGCAAUCUUUGGGUGGAGCUUUGUAGCCGGCACUCUGCCUUUGAGGUGGGCGACCCAGAUGAGCGACGGCGCGAAGGAGAAGAUCUGCAACCUGUACCCGCGCACGCAGAUCACGGCGCUCAAGGAGGACGCCAACGUCGCGCCGCACAACUGUAACGGCAUCAUAGUGAUAUGCGAGACGUCGACGGGGUGUCGGCUGGCGGCGGACGGGCUCGGCAAGCGCGGCGUGGAGCCGCUGGACCUCGGCCGCACCGUCGGCCUACUGCUCAGCGAGGCCAUACUCAGCGGCGUCUGCCUCGACUCGCACCUACAGGACCAAGUAAUACUUUACAUGGCGCUGGCUGACGGCAGGUCCGCCAUCCGCGUGGGAGAGAUCACCAUGCACACCAAAACUGUCAUCUACAUCGUCGAGUCUCUGCUCAAGAUAAACUUUGAAGUGACUCAAGAAGACAAGAUGAACUUGAUCCAAUGUGAUGGGAUCGGAGUGGCCAACAAGAACCCACCACAGGCACCACGUUAAAUGGAACAAAGAAACGACACCUAUGUCCGUUUUCACCAACCACCCCUAAACCAUCUUUUAACUAAGAGUUACUUAGCGUGAGGGAGUACCUAAACUAACCCCUUACUUGUAGUUAUCACCUUAUAGGUUGAUAAACACCAAAAUGUCCUUAAGUGUCACCUAUCUUAGCUAAUUCAAAAGAGGUUGGUUAAAACGGGCAUUACAAUUAGGGUUGCCAGAUGGCUGGGAUUUUCGGGAUUGUCCCGGAAUAUUGUGUGCUGUACCGUGUCCAGAAAUUUUACUUUGCUGUCCCGGAAUGAAAAAGUACUAGUUUUUUCAUUAAAAUACAAAACUAUGGGACCUGCUUAAUUCCUACUUUUACAGUUUAGUCUCGUAAGGGACACCAACACUCAGAUAGCCUAGAAAUAUACCCUAGAAAUGUCCAGGAAAUGAUCAGUCUGGAUCUGGCAACUCUAAUUACAAUUGCCAAACGACAUAUUCGCUAACCCCAACAUGUAAUGUUUUAAUAAGAAAUAAUUAUAAAGAUACCUUUUUUGGUGUUCUGAGCCUAAAACAUAACGGUCUUAUUCAUAAAAUAGUAUUCAAUCUGUAACUUUAUACUUACCAUGCCAACACGGAUAAUUAGAUGUCGAAAUUUAAAAUAACAUUUUUUACAACUAUUCGUCAAAUAGAAAAUGUAUACCAUUAACAACAUACAUAUAUAUCCUCACGCCUAUCUCCCAUGCGGUAGGCAGAGGACAAUGGAAAGCCAAUUGCUACGAGUCUUACAUACCUCUUUCGCUUCAUCAACAGUUAAUUAUCAAUCUUUUGAUGAUUAACAACGUGUCUUAAUAAUCACUAUCAAUAAUAUUAUCUAUUUUUGACGAAAAAGACCAUCCCUCCAAACCAUUUAACUUCUAAACUAAUGAAUAACAUAGUAACAUUAUGUGCUUUACUUGGUUUAUAGCUGAGACUUUAAACAAGUAUCUAUUUUUAUGAAUAAGAUCGUCAAGGCAUAUUAUUUAACGUUAUUAUAACAAUUAUAAUAUAUAGUGAAGAGAGUACGACAGUUCUCUUUACAUGAGUAGGGAUUAUGAGCGUGCUACUAGCAAGGGUGAGGACCACCGAGUGUGCUGUGAAUAUAUUACACGAUAUCAUGAAGAUUGAUGAAGGGAACAGACUGAUUUGAAGGUUUAAUGGCCGUUUUCACUAACCAUCUAUUAACAGUUGCAGUCAGAGACUUUUAAUAAUACAGUGUAAACUCCAUAUAACGUCACUCGAUUUAACGACAAACUCUCUAAAGCGUCGAAAUCAAUUGGCUUUAGUUGGUUUAGCUUGUAUUCCAUACAAUGAUACACUCUACAUAGUGUUAGGCUCUAGACAGACGGACUGCAUUUCAACUGCAAAUUGCAGUUCAAGGGCAGUUUGAAUGCAGUUGACACGACUGCAAUAGGACUGCAAGCCAACCGUGCAGCCCAGCAUUAUGUGAACUGCACACCGACUGCACGCAGACUGCAACUCAACUGCAAUCGGACUGCACGUUUGAUUUGCAGUCGUGUCAACUGCAUUCAAACUGCUCUUGAACUGCAAUUUGCAGUUGAAAUGUAGUCCGUUUGUCUAGAGCCUUACACCCACUCUCAAUAACGACAAUAAAUGAAUAAUAAAAAAAUAAAAUUAGUAAAAACUGCACACCUGUGUUCAUUCUGUUGGUGAAAACCAAAAUGUCGUUAAGAGCCACCUAUCUCAACUUAGAGGAUCCUUAAAAUUCAAGAGAGGUCGGUGAAAACGGGUAUUAGACCGCUAGGUGUAAGAGAAACGAAUUUGUCGGACGGCCAAUGAUAACUUAUUGUGUUAAUGUGGCGCCACUAUCGUCUUAAAGUACGACAGACUUAACUAUGUGCAAUUUUUGUGUGAUAUGUAUCUUUCUACGCAUUUAAAUAAUAAUCAACGGACCAUACCUUUGUAAUAGCGAAGAUAUCAACAUGUAUGACACUAUUGUGAGACAUUCUGCAUUAAUUUUAAUAUACGGUUACACACCUAAACUAUUCGAGCAUGCUCGAUUAGUUUCAAGCCACGCGGGGUUCAUAAUCACGAGUUGCUUUUUACUGUAAACAUCGUGGAACACGAUUCUAACAUUUCGUGUGUUAAAAUUAAUGUAGGAUUCUACAUAUAUAGAGGCAUAUACUUACUUCGAAUCACUAUUAUAAUGUUUUACACUACAAAAUACGUCUCUUUUUCUACAACUUGUACCAAGACAAAUAUACUGCAUUUAUCGAGAUAUUUUUCUAAUACUGUAACAAUAUGUUAUGCAGGGCGUAUGAGGCCUAUACAAUAUUCAAUCCAUUUUAAGCAAUGGAUUCAAUAAUCUCUAUAUACUUAACGUAAAAUAUGUCUAGAGCUUAUUGUGGAUCGCAUUAUAUUCUAAAUGGAAAUGUCGAUGUUUAGUACCUACAUAUUUAUUAUUGAGAUUAAUUUGAUGUCGUUAAAAAAAGAUGUUUUUCAUCACCAUUGAUUGUUGUUGUCAAAUUAAUUCAAUUUGCUGCUAUUACUUAUAUUUAUUUAAUUAGCAUAAAUAUAUAGUACAUUUUACAUAAAGCAAAUACAAAGAGAUAUCAUAUUUAAAACUGGAUUUCCCUUUUACAUUAUGGGUGACACUUUAUAAAGAGCGCGGAAUGUUACAAACCACGCCCCUCUCUAUUUCCCAACAUGCAGUCCCAUUCUACAAACACGUUGUCAAUUGUCCACAUUUUAAUGUGCCACUUUCUGAGCGCUCAUGACCUAUCUAUAUAAUUUUACUUAUAAUGUAAUAAGAUCAGAGCCCAUUUGUUUUGUCAAUCACAUUAUGGCAUCUCCUCUUUGUACUUGCUUCAUGAUUUUAGCUGAUAUAAUGUUAACACAGCUAAAUAGUAAAUAUAUUUUGCAAGUGCUAGUGUAAUAUGUUUUCAUUGUGAUGUUAAAUGUUGUAUCUAACCUCUCAAACGUUGACGUACUAUUAAGCAGGUAUCAUACAUAGAGCGGGGAAAUCAUUCGUACAAACAAAACUGACAAACUAUAUACGUCUAAAAUUUUAAACUUCCAUAUCUCAUAUAAAACUUGCUAACCCGGAAAACUUCGUAUCGCCUUAAAAAUGUUUAUCUCACCUUUUGUACCUUCCGUGGAUUUGCCAAAUCGGUCCAGUCGUUCUGAAGUUUUAGCGAGACUAACGAACUGACAGCAAUCGAUUUUUUUUUAUAUAGAUUAACAUUGUUAUAGUACAACUGCUUCAAUUGUAUUUUAACAUAGUAUAAUAAUUAUUAAUUAUGUCUCGAAAGUUAUUUCGUGAAACAAAUGCGCUAGUUUUCACUCUUUUUACCCGACUGCGCCAGAAGGAGGGUUGUUUUUCGAGAGAAUUUUAACCGAAGUAUUUGGAAACCUGGCCUCCUUGCUCUAUCUAUAAUACCUAAAUAAGUGACAUACGAGUUGUUCUUAUGUUGAAGCCAACGCAACAACAUGAGGACACCGAGUAUGCAGGACUAGUAUAACUAUACGGCCCGCAUUGGAUGAUAGUAUUUAAGUUUAUGUACCUACGUCGAAGUUUGACUGGUUUCAUUAGGAUAGUUCGUUGAACCCUGCUUAAUUUAUAAGUUUUUAUUAGCUUUAAUUUCAUAUUCUGUGAUUGUUAUCAUGCCUGUGUCAUCGACAAUAUUAUAGUUAAACUGUUUUCAGUGCCGUAGUGCAAUUAUGUAUCAGCAUGUGUAACUUAUUAUCUAGGAUAUUAAUAAAUGUACAAUGAA